AUGGGGGAUAUUUACGAGCUGAUCAUGGUGGGGCGGCUCCACAGAUUGGAUUCACCGAUAGUAUCAGGCCUGUUAGAGUGGGCUGAGUUUCCGGAGCUUGGGGCAAUCGGAAAUGUACUCGCAUCCCCAGAUAUAAGUACCAGUUUCAGUCUUGGUGGUGCAACAACAGCUGGUAUAAUACUAGGACCGACUGUUGAAGAUGCAUUGUAUCCUGAGGAAGGAUGUGCUUUUGAUGCAAUCCCCUUGGGAUACACCUUGAUCAUCUCUGAAAAUGAUUUCGGUGACUUUUAUUUCCACCAUUGCGUUCGGGCAUUACCCAUUGUUUCCGUGGAUUAUCCGACAGCCUCCAGAAGGGAAACCGGUAAAGAGCAGUGUACAUCAGUUUCAUUUGCUUCGCGGUACUUGCCUCAGCCAUUGCCAUUGACAACUCGGGAUAUUUGCCAGUUUAGGAUCAACACUGGAGAAAAGGCUGGUAUAUUACUAGGACCUACUUUUCUGGGACAAAUUCCGGGGUUUACUGAAACAUUGUUCCCUACAAAAGGAAAUAAAUAUCUGGACGUGUUAGGGAAAACCGGCUUCAUGCUUUUCAUGUUCCUGGUGGGAGUGAAGAUGGAACCGAGCAUGGUGAUGAGAACUGGUAAAAAAGUCUGGGCUUUGGGAUUUGUGUCUGUCUUCGUUCAAGUAUUUGUGGGCAUGACCGUUAUGUCCAAGGUGGACGAUUAUAUAAGCUUCACUGUGUCGGCAUCUUUCAAAUACACUAUAUUAACACAGACCUUAAGCCCAUUUGCGGUCGUUUCUUGCCUCCUCAAUGACCUAAAAAUCACCAACACUGAGGUCGGCCGCGUUGCUCUAGCUACAGGAUUGGUCAGGGAGUUGCUCAAUUUAGCGGUACAUACUCCACUCAACUAUGUUAGAAUUUCAAAACUGGGCGGGUCGGCUAUGGUUGGGGGAAAAGCCCUAUUUCUUUAUAUACUUUUGAUCCUUGCCGUCUCGUACAUCAUGCAGCCAGUGUAUCUAUGGAUCAUCAGAAAGACACCGGAAGGGAAGCCAGUGGACCCAGUCUACAUCGCUUUCAUUUCUUGCGGCGUUCUCUUAUCGGCCAUAGCCUGUGACUUCGUAGGGACACGGAUGUACUAUUUCGGUCCUCUCAUACUCGGCCUCACAAUCCCUGUCGGACCACCUCUCGGAUCCACACUGGUAGAGAGGUUCGACACCAUUUCUGCGGGUUUCCUUACGCCAGUGCUCAUGACUUUCUGCGGCAUGAAAACAAAUUUUCUUGUUAUACAAAACUUCAGAAUCAUCUAUUUGUUAUGGACCAUCCUAUUUUUUGGUACUCUAACUAAAUUCGCAGGGAGUUUUCUUCCUCUAUUGAUGUGGAAAAUGCCCCUCAAAGAAGCAAUUACUCUUGCACUCAUCCUGAGUACUCAAGGCAUUGUCGAGAUCGCUGGGCUUCACAACUACACGCGAAAUCAGAAACUCUCUCUCCCCCCUCAAAUUGAAGCACAGACAAUAAAUGAAGAAACUUUCUCCAUUGUGACUCUUUCAGUCUUACUAAUAGCAGUGAUCGUACCGUGUCUUGUGAGACUUCUCUACGACUAUUCGAGGAUAUAUAGAGGCUACCAGAAAAGAAAUAUUCUACACACUCCAAACAAUGCUGAGCUACGAAUAUUUGUCUGUGUCCAUAGACAAGAUGAGGCCUUGACCGCCAUUAAGCUACUUGAAGCUUCCAAUCCUACCCGAGAAAGUCCUCUGCUAGUCCAUGUACUCCAUCUCAUGGAGCUCAAAGGCCGAGCCACCCCACUAUUAAUCAACCACAAAUUUGGCCAGAAGAUAACCACUGCCUCUCAUUCACAAUCACGGCACAUCAUCGACAUUUUCAAUUACUACGAGCAUCAAUUCUUAGGGUUGGUAAAUGUGCAAGCCUUCACUGCAAUAUCAAUGCCAGAGUUCAUGCACCAUGACAUUUGUUCACUAGCCUUCGACAAGUUGGCCUCGCUAAUAAUACUUCCGUUUCAUAGGAAAUGGAAUUCUCAAGGCAACAUGAUUGUGGACAACAAUAUUUUGAGGUCUAUAAACCUUCAGGUCAUGGAGUUGGCCCCUUGUUCCGUCGGCAUUCUUGUUGACCGUCGCAAAAUGCGGCAGCGCACCACGCCACUGUAUCGUGUGGCUGUACUCUUCUUUGGAGGUGAAGACGACCGUGAAGCACUGGCUUAUGCUAAACGGAUGGCCAAAUCCUCAUCUGUUCACUUGACAGUUCUGCGGUUAGAGGCAGUGGAGAACAUAGGUGAGGACAACUGGGAAACUGUUCUUGACACGGAGAAUUUGAAGGACAUAAGGCUGCAAAGUUCACUUAGAGGUAAUGUAAUGUAUAAAGAGGAGAAGGUGAGAGAUGGACCGGGCACUAUUUUGAUAAUCCGCAGCAUGGGAGAAAAUUGUGACCUGAUCAUGGUGGGGCGGCAACACAGAUUGGAUUCACCGCUGCUAUCAGGCCUGUUAGAGUGGGCUCAUGAGUUGCCGGAGCUUGGGGCAAUUGGAAAUCUACUGAUAUCCCCUGAUAUUAGGCAACCAGUUUCAGUCUUGGUGGUGCAACAGCAGCACACCAAGUCUAAGCUACCGUAGCAAUUUAAGUUGAGAUGCUUAAAUGUACAGGUAUUUGAAUUAUCAUUGGGCAUUAAUUCAAUUAUUUGUUUUAAAAUGAAAAAUUAUGGUCACAUCAAUUUUGCCUGCAUUGCCAUUAGUCUUCAUUUUGAGUGGUGAGUGCUAGAAUGCAAUUGUUUUCAAACAAGAAG